AGAAAAUAGCGUUGCGAUUCGAAGCAAGCAUUCUCGCGUUCCCUCUCCUAGCGGAUUAUGGUGGACGCGAUACUCCACCAUUGCCGGCCAUUCCUCCCGCCGCCGGCGGAGACCUCAGUUAAGCCCGCUCGAGCCAGAAUCCGCCCAGCUUCUUUCCGAUGUUGGAGCAAGUGCAGGAGGGAGUACACGAGCGUAAUGAUAGUCCCGACCGGUGUUGGAGCCGCAAUCGGUGGAUUCGCCGGAGACGCUUUGCCGGUCGCUCGUGCCUUGUCCUCCGUCGUCGACUGCCUCAUAACGCAUCCCAAUGUUCUUAAUGCAGCGAUGAUGUACUGGCCGAUGCCUAAUGUGUUGUAUGUUGAAGGGUAUGCUCUUGACAGAUUUGCAGAAGGCUUGUGGGCACUUGAACCUGUUCAUCAAAAUAAGGUGGGCUUAGUUCUUGAUUGUGGAAUAGAGGAAGAACUCAGAAUUCGCCAUUUGCAAGUGGCUGAUGCGGCUAGAGCUUCUCUUGGAUUGCCUGUUGUGGAGUACAUUGUCACUGAUACCGCAUUAGAGGUGGAGAAGUGGGUCGAUCCGAUGAGUGGUCAAUCAACAGGAAGAAUUAGGCAUCCUGAUUCUCUAUUGAGAGCUGUACAGACACUGAUCAACCGUUCUCAAGUGAAUGCUGUUGCAGUUGUCGGGCGGUUUCCUGAUGAUGAUGUUGAUGACGUUGACGAUUAUCGACAAGGCGUGGGAAUAGAUGUAUUGGCUGGAGUUGAGGCAAUUAUAAGCCAUCUUGUGGUGAAGGAGUUCCAGAUUCCUUGUGCACAUGCUCCCGCAAUGCUUCCUCUUCCUUUGACCCCGAUGCUUUCCCCAAAAUCAGCUGCGGAGGAGAUAGGUUACACUUUCUUGCCCUGUGUGCUCGUGGGACUAAGCAAAGCACCUCAAUACAAGGUGAACUCUCAUUCCUUAGGGAAGGAUUGUUUAUAUGCAAGUGAUGUGGAUAGUGUAGUCCUUCCUAUGGACUCAUGCGGAGGAGAUGCUGCCCUUGCAUUUUCAAGAAGCAAGGGAAAGAAGCCACUCAUAAUUGUGGUGGAGGAAAAUGAGACAGUCCUGGACAGCACUCCAGAUAAAUUCGGGAUGGAAGUGAUAAAGGUUUCGAACUACUGGGAAGCAAUAGGUGUUAUAGCUGCUCACAAGGCAGGAAUCAACCCCCAUUCCCUAAGAAGAGAUGGAAUUGCAAACAUCCGCAAGAACAGUCCUGUUAGGCAUGCUAAUGGGUUCACUGUUUCUCUGCCACGUUGAUAAGAGUAUUCAUAACAAGUGCUUCACACGACAACUCUGUCCUUUCCUCUUCUUCAGCCAGUUACUCGCAUACAAUUCCAACGGGUGAUCUUCAUGUAUGUCUGUAUGAAUGGCAGAAGGCUACAUGGAUGACGGGCGAUGACUUGGCUGGGGUAGUAUUUUACUAGUGAAAUUCACCAUAUGGCAAUUGCCAUGGAGAGCUUCCAGACCCCAGUCUCUUAAACACUCAGAACGGCGUCUAAGAUGGAUGAUUGAUCAUGCAGUGAUAUCAGCUCACCAGCAACUUCUCUGGUUUAUUCUUGUUACUUUCUGUUACUGCAUUGCGAAUAGGAACCAGUCAUAGCACUAGUGGGUAGUCCGCCGGGCAAUCAGUAUUUUGAGUGCCUUUCUUUGCUUACAUUUUUGGAGUCUAAGCUCCACUUCAUAGUUUUAAAUUAUGAAAGUGAAAUGGAAAGCCUCCUUUCUCUCGGUUGUUGAAUUCAGGAAAGGCUGCAAGUGAGAGUAUGUUUGCAGAACUGAGGGAAGGGGCUAUUUGGAAAAAUCACAAUAAUUU